UCGUGUUGGGCUAUCGCUUCAAUACUGCUUUUAUUGUGAAAGGUUUAGCGGAAGUGGGUUGUACUCGUGUUUGCCAGCUUGACCCGGUGGUAGCUUCAUAGUUUAUCAACACUCUGGGUGACUUUACGACUUUACCUCAGAUAAAGCGGGGCCAGUGAAUACACACACACACACACACGGCUCAGUCGGAUUGUUUGUCCACCGGGAAACUCAAAAACAUCUUUAUUGCGUAUACGUCUAUGUUUAUUGUAGAGGAAGACGCUGCGCCUGCGCCGUGAGCCUACGUUUUUUUCAGCUUGAGGUAUGUUGCUUUAGUAGAGAAUCAGCAGCUGCUGCAGGGAGCAGGGGCGCAGGCAAAGUGCAAUAACGGAGCGGAUCACAAGGACAGGAUACGAGCUGCAGUCCGGGUCGGGGAUCAUGGUGCGCUAAUAUGCAGUCAUUUCUGGCUGCUCUGUAAACGGGACGAGUCGUUUUCAUGUGGAAGACGCUUUCUCCCUCCUGGAUGAUCUCCCACAGCCAGGUCCACGUAUUGAGAUGAGCUAUUUUUGUGAUGGCGAAGGGUCUGUUUCCACGGGCCUGGGUGAAAAAGUCUUUCUACUUCCAGGCUCGGAUCUCCUUUGUGCGGGUGAAGUACCUGUUUCUUACAUGGCUGACUGUGCUGGUGGGGAGCUGGGUGCUCUACGUGCAAUACUCCGCCUACACAGAGCUGUGCAGAGGACACGAGUGCAAGAACGCCAUUUGUGACAAAUACAGGAGGGGGAUAAUUGAUGGCUCUGCCUGCAGCAGUCUGUGUGACAAAGAAACACUCUACAUGAGCAGGUGUUUGUCGACACUGCCAAAUAACCAGGUGUACACAGGAAGCUGGGGAGACCACGAUGGGAUCAUCCGCUGUAAGCUGGGGGAGGUUGUGCACUACGAGCUGGGCGAAGAGCCGGAGCCGCGGAGAGAGGCCCCCGUGUUUGACAAGCCCACCAGAGGAACAUCGGUGGAGAAGUUCCGAGAGAUGGUCUUUAAUCACCUUAAGUCCAAGCUUGGAGAGCAGGCUAACCUCGCCAGCCUUGUCAGCCAGAUUCUCUCUGUCGCCGAUGGCAACAAAGAUGGACGGGUGUCACUGCCGGAAGCCCGCUCUACAUGGGCCCUCCUGCAGAUGGAUGAGGUGCUGCUGGGCCUGCUGCUCCAGGACCGUGGACACACUCCUCGCCUCCUCGGUUACUGCGGGGACCUGUACAUGACAGAGCGAGUCCCUUACGGGCCCCUGUAUGGUUUGUCUCUACCCUGGCCACUAGUAUCCUGGGUGCCCAGUGGCUUGCAGCGCACUAUGGACCAGUGGUUCACCCCCUCAUGGCCUCGUAAAGCUAAGAUCUCCAUGGGCCUGCUGGAGCUGGUGGAGGACAUCUUCCACGGCACGUACGGCAGCUUCCUGAUCUGCGACCUCGCCGCAGCGCACUUUGGUUACACCGACCGCCAUGAGAUCCGUCUGACUAACACCCGAGCGGUGGUUCCUGAGGACGAGUUCAAGCGCACCAUGCGGGUGUUGAAGUGUGAGACGGAUGCCGACUGUGUGUACGGGGCAGACUGCCAGACGUCGUGUGACGUGUCAGAGAAACGGUGCAGGGAGGAGCCAGUUCAGCCAAACUUGGCAAAGGCAUGUGGUGCGCUGAAGGACUACAUCCUGCGUGGGGCGCCGUCAGGGCUGAGAGAGGAGCUCGAGAGGCAGUUGUACGCCUGUAUGGCUCUCAAGGGUAACGCUGGACAGAUGAACAUGGAGCACUCGCUUAUCCUCAACAACCUGAAAGCUCUGCUGUGGAGACAGAUCUCACACACCAAGGACUCAUGACGAGGAGAGGAAGUCCUUCUGAAGUCAUGCCAGUCUGCACCUCACAUGGCGCUGAGUAUUGAAGAUGCUGUGAUUUAGGAAUAGCAAAUUUAAUUAAGUCAUUUUUAUCAACUCUUUAACACUUAGGAAUGGUCAGACUUAAGGAGACUCUACCUCCUUUAUCCCAGUCUCAGACAUUUGGGGCCUGAAACACACAAGAUUUAAAUAAACUGAAUGAUUGCAUGUUGCCAUCAGUCACACUUAAAACAGUCCAUGCAGCCACAUUGUAUUGUAUUGUUCACCACAAAGGAAUGUUACGGGGGGAACUGCUGGAAAAACAGACUUGUAAACAGAUUUUACUGUUUGUCUCAAAUAGCUGAGAGACCAAAUUGCUGUUUUUACCACAUCAUCAUGCUGAUAUGUGCGAGCUAACAAGGUUCAUCAAAAGAGUUUAUUCUGUAUAGACGUGACUGUUGUACAAAGCACCAGUUUAAAGUGUAAUGAAAUUGCACUAUUUUAAGAUCAGCUCCUUAAUUGUAUGUCAAUGUUGCUAAUGAGCACUAAAACAUAAUCAGGGAGUGUAAAGAUAAGGUUGGUGAUAUUCUAAAUUUUUGCUUUCUAGCAAAUCUAAUGAAAAUCCCCAAACCAACAGUGCAUUAGUUCUCAAUACGUAUUGAUUUUACUACGCUGUCUGCAGCCCCAAGCCCAGUGGUGCCUAUUGACAGCUGGGCACUGUAAACAGGAGUAAAUGGUGCAUUUGUUGGACACUACUUUCAGCUGCAGAUGAAUACACAUUUGAUGCACUACUGUGUAUUUACAUUGAGUUGAAAUAUACUACAGUGCCCUUGUUCAUCGUGAUGAAGGAACAUGUCACCCAUAUUGUAGGUUUUGGCUACAGGUAGUACAGUAAGAAACAUUCUUUGUUGGUUUGGGUUUUUUCAAGUGUAGAGUUGACUAUAAGAAAAACAGAAUAUCACCAGACUUUACCUUUAACAAGUGCAGAUUAGUGAGAAAUUUAAGGACAAACCUCGACAGCCAGAAUAAAUGCCAAGGAGCAUUGAAGCUGUUCUAGAGGCUCAUUGUGGAUUCCCCUUUGUCACUUAUCUGCACAACACAUGAUCUACAAUGUAAUGAUAAUGGUUUGUCAGUAUUCCAGAGGUCAUAUACUGAAUGUCAGUGUACUCUGCUGUACUAUUCUCCACCUGUAACGCUAGUGAUGUCGUCAAUGCUGCAUCAAUGACACAAAGAGAAAUGUUGUAUUUAAUUUUUGUGAAUGUUAUCUACUUGUAUUUUUCACUGAAAAGAGCAUUUGUUGUAAUGUGCUGUAUCACAUUAUUUUUAGAUUUCGUCUCAGUGCCAUAGAGAUCAUGCUGAAAUCAUUUAUGAAUGUUUACCACCUCUAUAGAAUCCUGCGGUCACAUUUGAAUGCUGUAUAGGAGCGUAUUUUCCACGAUCCUUUUCAGACAACGCUGUUGUGUACUUACUCAGACCGAACCGACAACCUGACUUGUUUAACCACUUUAAAUGAAGAACAGAGGUGACCUGUAAAGCAUGUCAAGCUUGUGGUCGAUGCUGCUGUUUGAAUUUUGAAAAUGUAAAAAAAGUGUUUACUUAUUGAAGAGACCAGCAUGAUUUUUGCACAAUUAAACUACAUACCACUUCA